AUGUCACAUCCCAUUGAUGCUCGACUGCAUUUUACAAUUCACUCACAUUUAGAACCCUUUUAAUCUUACACCUUCCAUCAGUAUCAAAAAGGUGUCUACAGUGAGAAGUAUUCUAAGACUAUUUGUGUCAAUUGUCUCUAUGAAUAGAUCUUAGAAACAAUGCAAAAAUAUUCGGAAUUCACAUAUGUAAUAGGUGAGAUUUGUUACUUUAAAGAGUUUUACGAAAAUUAAAAUGAAACUCAACAAAACAUCAUCAAAGAAUUCAUUCACUAAGGUAGGUUAGAAAUUGUCAAUGGAGGCUGGGUAUAAAAUGAUCAAGCCAGUUCAAACUAUCAAGAUAUCAUUUUGCAAUUGCAACUUGGUCAUUAAUGGGUUUAUCACCUCUUCAAUCAAUCUAUAUAGACUGCCUGGAACAUCGACUCUUUCGGACACUCAUACACUCAAAGUGCUCUCAAUUAUCUAUUCAAUAUGAAAUAAUAAAUCAUCGAAAGAGUUGAUGUAAACGAUAUCAUCUAAAGGGUAAAGAAAGGGAGAUUGGAAUUCAUUCAGCAUAUUCAACCCUACGAUUAUCAGAUUUUGACUCAUUUAAGAUUCAAGAGACACUCUCAAAUUCACAUCAAUUAAUCCAAACUUAGUGAUAAUGCAUAAUGUAUUCAACUGUAUAAUCAACUCAAAGAAUUUGAAUAAUUAAUAUAUUACUAAAAACAAGGUGGUCUAGGUAACAUAUUAUUUCAUUAUAGUGGUGAUACAUUCUAAUUCAUUAAUGAAACAAAUAUAGAAUCUUAGAAUCUUGUAAUAGAAUUCUAUGAAUUAUUUCAAUGUCGUCAAUUAAAAAUAGUAUGGUCCACUCCAAGUUAAUUUUUCAAUGACUUGAAAUCCUCAGAAUCCUUCACACAAAUCUCACAUAAACAUUCUGAUUUUCUACCACAUUUUGAAGAUGGCGUAUAUUUUAAUGCCAUGUAUACAACUCACCCAUAAUUCAAAAGAUUUUUAAGAACAAUAUCGUAUCAGCUAUAAGCAAUCCAUCUUUACACUAUACAACAUAAAUUGAUGACAAUAUCUCCUCAAAAACUAACAGAACUUAUUGCUUUAUCGUAACAUCAUGAUGGAAUCUCAGCAACAGCUAGAUACUAAGUCUUGGAAGAUUUGUAAUAAUAAAUUGAUAGAUAAUUUGAAGAUUUGAGAUCAAAAAUUAAUAAUUAUUCACAUAGUAAAUUUGAAUUGAUAGGACAAUUAAAACACACUUAUAAACAAACUAAAAGAAUCAUCUUGGAUUGUUCACUAAACUCUAAAUGCGUUUUAGAGUAUUUCAUCAAAAACAGGAGAUCAAAAUCAGUGAUUGUUUUGAUUUAUAAUCCCCAACAUAGCCAAACCAAAAUCAUAGAAUUAGAAGUUCCCUCAAAGAAUGUUCAAAUUUUAUCUCAAGAUCUAAUUGUUAUACCCCAGUAAGAAAUGAAAGUAAUUAAUGAGACUAAUAUUUUGACAUUCUAAACCUAUCUUUAUGGAUAUAGUGAAUAACAAUUUGUUUUGAAUUUUGAUUGUUAAGUUGAGUGUGCCCCUGUUAAUGAGUUUUAAUUGCAUUUAGAUUUAAGUGAACAAAUCAAAUUAUUAGAAAAACAAUUUUCAUAUGGUGAACCAAUAGAAACUAUUAGUUGGACUGAAGUUAUUCAAAAUGUCACUUUAGAAAUACAAAGAUAAGGUAUUGAUUAUGAAUUCAUAUUCACUCACCUCAAUCAUUCCUUUUCCGUCAAAUACAAUUAUUAUCCUAAUUCAAAAUCUCAAUCUGAAAAAUACACUAUCAAAUCACCUGGAAAAUCAGUCCUAAUGAGUGAUUUUAACAAUGGAGGACUCAUAUGUGAAUUUGAGAAGAUGUACACUUUAAAAUAGAAUUCCUUUUUCUAAGAGGUAAUUCUUUAAUGUGGUAAAAUCUAUGCUCUCAGUCUCCUCUUCACUCAAGAUGGAAUUGAACUACGAACUUCAAUGUAUGCUAACACUCUCACAAUGGGAGACUACACAAUGAUGAUAACAUUUUAGAAUAUUACUCAGGAUUCUCUUUUUUACACAGAUUCCAAUGGCUUGUAUCCCAUAUAGAGAGAGCGUUUCAAAAGAGAAGAUUAUGAACCAAUAUGCUAAGAAAACGAUUAAAUCAAUUGUAAUGUCUAUCCAAUGACAGCCUAUGCUUUAUUAUAAUCAGAUAAUUUAGUAGCUUCCAUCAUCACUGACAGAUCAUAAGGAGUCUUUAACUUGAAUUCUUAAACUAUAGAAAUUAUUAUUGAACACCUAGCAGGAGAUGACGGAUUAGGAGAAGCCUGUGCAAAACGAAACAAUCACUUCUUUAGACAUUUCAUUUAAUUUAAUUCUGAAUGUCUUAGAUGUAAGUGGAAUGAAUUUCUAUUUACUAAUGAAUUUAUUCGCUUAAGCAAUGAAUUCUCUUCCUUUUAAUAUAAGCAAAUAAUCCAUUCACGAUAACUAAGAUUACAAUUCCAUAGAACCAAUUUUGAUCAAAUUUUAUUAUAUGCUGAAAAUCUCUUAGAAAUUUUUGAUAAUUCCACUGUACAAAAUUAUACGAUUACCUUAAAUACAACUUUAAUAGAGGAUAUUUUAUCCAUUGAGAACAUUACCUUGCAAGACACAUACUUAAAUGGAAUUCCAAAAUAAUAAACAGAACCUUCAUUGAUACUCUUGCCUUUGGAAAUAAGAACAUAUAUUGUGAACUAAUGA